AUGAAUGAAGUUACACAGUCCAGUAUGYUAAGCAAUGCUACGUACACAGUUUACACUGUUUAUAUAGCUKCUCUUUUUGCAAUCAGUUUCCCAGUACAUUUAUUGAGUUUCAAAUUUCUUAUAAAGCAUAUACUUCAUCGCCAUAAAGCGAGRGAACUCAGUCCUUACUUGCUAAACAUUUGUACAGCWAACUUUGUUUCCUUGGUUAUUCAGUUUCCUAUCGUGUUUAUUGCUAGUAUGGAAAGAGGUUGGUCAACCCUCAGCCCCAUCGCGUGCUACAUCRCUGGAAUUACUUGCGGAACGUGUAGUACAGUAGUGAUCAUUACGUUAACGUUAAUGAGUGUAAAGCUUUUCCGUACGAUCGAAAAAGACCUCGRUAGUCACGAAUURAAYRCGAACAGUCGACGAACAAACCCUAUAAAGUUCGGWGCUACUUGGAUUAUCAGUCUUGURAUGUUCWUACCAACAACUUUCGGAUGGAAYUCAAUGGUUUCCGAUGGACCUCAUUGUUCACCUAACUGGCGUGUUGAUUCAAUACCAGAYGCAUCGUACUUGGUCGCUAUUGUUAUUGCAUCGUUUAUUGUUCCUUUGACGAUAUUCAUGCUCUAUUUCGUCAAAAUGACAAGAUACUUGAUGAGACAUCAUAACCACGARASUUACACAUUACACCAGAUGCGSCUACGAGUGCUUCAUAUUGAUGCUAGGAAUCUCAUCGGUGUAUUAACCCUUGUUUACAUGUUGCUGUGGUUACCCUACUGGUUUUAUGGCUUCUCGACCUUAUUUGGRAGGCAGACGAGCAAGAACGGUGACCUUGCCAUCAUACCGUGGUUGUGUAUAAGUUUAUCAGUCACAUACUUCCCUUUUAUGUAUGUAGCAGUGAAUAAAAGGUUCCGUCUAACACUAAUGUCAGUUCUUGGCUGUAAGAAGACUCAAAUAAAGCCAAGUAUAGAAGUGGAAAAGACUGAAACAUAUGAGGUGCUGUCGAACUCCGUAACACCAAGAGCUGGGUCUCCAAGCAUUCUAGUUCCAAGAUCACCGCUUGUGAACAGAGCCUUCAGGCUGUCCGUAUUUGAAGAUUAUGGAGAAGAUUUCCGACAACAAAAACCAUGGAGCAAUCAAGAACUGUAYACUCCAGCGGUUUCUCGUCUUAUUCGAUGCUCACUACAUGCGACUACGCACGAGUCAACAGAUGAAAGCAGCUACUACGGAMGAACACGUAGAAAUACAACCAUUACAUGAUAAAUAAACCUUUCCACGUUUUAUUGGUUGGAAAUGAUUUCAAAAUGGCAAGUCUUUCACAAGGUGUGGUCUGGCACGUGGAUAGUACUCCCUGUCCUCCCUUAAUUUCAACUUACAUCAUUUUUAUAGGUAAUUCGAAUUUGAACUAUGAUUUUGAAUUGUUCUUUGUCAAUAAGGGAAUUGAUAAUAGCCGACUUGCGAAUUACG